AUGCCAAACACUAUCGAUCCAGCUCUUAGGCGAUUCGGUAGGUUUGACAGAGAAAUUGGCAUUGGUGUUCGUGAUGAGGUUGGCCCAUUGGAGGUUCUUUGCAUCCAUACUAAGAACAUGAAGCUAUCUGAUGAUGUUGAUUUGGAAAGGAUUGCUAAGGAUACUCAUGGCUAUGUUGGGGUUGACCUUGCUGCUUUAUGCACUGAAGCUGCUCUCCAGUGUAUCCGUGAAAAGAUGGACAUAAUUGAUCUAGAAGAUGAAUCAAUUGAUGCUGAGAUUCUCAAUUCUAUGUCUGUUACAAAUGAACACUUUAAGACUGCUUUGGGAUCUAGUAACCCAUCUGCCCUCCGUGAAACUGUUGUUGAAGUACCAAAUGUCAGCUGGGAUGAUAUUGGUGGGCUAGAAAAUGUCAAGAGGGAACUGCAAGAGGUAGUUUGCUGGAUAUGUUUGAGGUUUUAUGUCCACCAAGUGUGA